CUGACGAUGGUUUGCGUCUUCUUUUCGCACUCCGUGUUAGUGCUUGUUGUUUUUUAUCUCAAGAAUCCAUACUUCGUCGAAAACAUGUUUAAUGAUCCCUCAAAGUACAUCCUACUCAACGGCACACUGGUCACGUACACGUUCUUCGUGAUGUCAGGUUUCCUGCUUGCGUUCAACUUCGAGCUGCACGCGGAGAAACACCGCGUUAGCCUGUGGGAGUGGCCAAAGAGAAUGAUCUUACGGUGGCUGAGACUAACCCCGACCUACGCGCUGAUUAUGUUCACCGUGAUGACGCUAAUGCGUCACCUGGGAGACGGGCCGCAGUGGGAGCUGGUGGUGACCAGCGAGUCGGACGCCUGCCACAAACAUUGGUGGACUCACCUGCUCUACAUCAAUAAUUAUUUGUGGGAGGACAUGCCUUGCUUUCCUCAGUCUUGGUACCUGUCAGCGGACACGCAGUUGUUCGCGCUAGGUCUACUAGUCUGCAUCGUGUGCCGGAAGCCGCGGACGCAGCUGCUGGCACUGGGCGUUCUGCUGGCAGUCUCGUUGGCCAUACCCGCCGCGCACACCUACUUCCAGGACCUGGGCGCCGUCGUACACAACUCUCCUGAAUCACUCCGCACCUAUUUCCGGUACAACAGGGAGUUCCAGUUAAUCUUCGUGUGCGGCCACACCAACCUGUCGACGUACGUGCUGGGCAUCGCCGGCGGCCUGCUCGCUUACCACUGGCUCAACAACGAGAAGGACUUCUCUGAACGACUACAGAAGUACGCGUGGCUAAUAUGGCUGGCGGUCCCUCUCAGUGUGAGCAUCAUCCUGUCCGGCGGCAUCUUCUACAUGGACGACUUCGAGCCGUCCACUUUCGUGCGAGUGCUCUACGCCUCCGUCCACAAGCCCAUUUUUCAGCUUUGCAUCGUGGUGCUGAUCAUCGCCGCCAUCUUUAAGGUUAAAAGCGUGGUCCGCUACCUCCUCGAAUGGCGCGGCUUCACGUGGACAAGUCGUGUGGCGUACGCCGGCUUCCUCUUGCACUCCCUGUUUCAGCGCGGGCUCGUGGGCGCAGCCCGUCUGCCCGCCUACAUGUCCGACUACAAUGUGUUAAUAAUCCUGGCAGCGACAGUGUUCCUGGCCUUCGGGACAGGCGCGCUGCUGUUCGUGGCGGUGGAGUCGCCGGUGGCCGCGCUGCUCAAGGCCGCGCUCGCGCCCCAGACGGCCCGGGCUAAGGAGCAACCCCCUGAAGACGCCCCUACUGAUAUUACUACUAAAUUCUAGUCGAUAAACGUUUGAAG